AAUCAAAGAGUGGCGACUCAGCCCCAGGAAACACAAGGGACUCAUCUUCCAACUUCCUGCUAGGAGCGCCGUCGUCUGGCCGAAUGGGACCAGAUUGUCCGAAGAAAACAGUAAUUCAAUGAAACUGGAUUAAACAUUGAGCGCAAACAUGAGCUGGAUUCCUUUCAAGAUUGGACAGCCAAAGAAGCAGAUUGUCUCUAAAACUGUUGAAAGAGACUUUGAGAGAGAAUAUGACAAGCUCCAAAAGCUGGAGGAUCAGACAAAGAAGCUUCACAAGGACAUGAAGAAAAGCACAGAGGCUGAUUUAGCAAUGUCUAAAGCAGCAGUGAAGAUCUCUGCGGACCUUCUCAGUAACCCGCUGUGUGAACAGGACCAGGCCUUCCUGGAGUCCAUGACGGCUUUGGACACGGCCAUGAGGAGGAUGGACUCCUUCAACCAGGAGAAGGUCAAUCAGAUGCAGAAGACUGUUAUUGACCCUCUGAAAAAGUACAGCAGCGUCUUCCCCAGCCUCAACAUGGCAGUGAAACGUCGAGAACAGACCCUGCAGGACUACAAGCGCUUGCAGUCCAAAGUGGAGAAGUACGAGGAGAAGGAAAAAACUGGACCUGUGAUGGUCAAACUACAUCAGGCCCGAGAAGAGCUGCGACCAGUCAGGGAGGACUUUGAGGCCAAGAACAAGCAGCUGCUGGACGAGAUGCCCAAGUUCUACCACAGCCGCAUCGACUACUUCCAGCCCAGCUUUGAAGCCCUAAUCCGAGCGCAGGUGGUGUACUUCACAGAAAUGUACAAAGUGUUCAGCGAGCUGACGGAGCAGAUCGACCAGGAAGGUCUGACAGACGAGCAGAGACAGAGGGAGACCGAGGUCAAACUCAACGAACUGCGAGCUCUCUCCAUCGUGGCUGACGACUAACUGACUUCACCUUCUUUACUCCUUUCUUACUUUCAUCAGCAACCUCUCAGGACCUCCUCACACCAGUCCUCCCUCUCUGUGUCUCAUGUAGUCCUUAGUCAUUCCUGUUGUGAAAGGUGGUGGCUGUCAGCCACUCACUGGUUGAUUGUUCCACACAACAAUGUAGUGGAUGUGUGAUAUUUUAUUUGUAGUAUCAGUUAUAAUGAACAACCUGCGAGGGGCCGUGCUCUACCUGGCCCAGCAUGUGAUGAAGGUCCAGUUUGAGUACAUGAAAAACAGACAUACACAUGGCCACUGGUGUGUGUGUAUAAUAUAUGUAUAUAUAUGAAUGUACACACAUGUAUAAUAUAUAUAUAUAUAUAUAUAUAUAUAUAUAUAUAUAUAUAUAUAUAUAUGCAUAUAUAUACAAACCCCGUUUCCAUAUGAGUUGGGAAAUUGUGUUAGAUGUAAAAAUAAACGGAAUAAACUGAUUUGCAAAUCAUUUUCAAGUUGAAUAUGCUACAGAGACAACAUAUUUGAUGUUCAAACUGAUAAACAUUUGAUUUUUUGCAAAUAAUUAACUUUGAAAUUUAAUGCCAGCAACACGUGACAAAGAAGUUUGGAAAGGUGGCAAUAAAUACUGAUAAAGUUGAGAAAUGCUCAUCAAACACUUAUUUGGAACAUCCCACAGGUGUGCAGGCCAAUUGAGAACAGGUGGGUGCCAUGACUGGGUAUAAAAGCAGCUUCCAUGAAAUGCUAAGUAAUUCACAAGGAAGGAUUGGGCGAGAGUCACCAGUUUGUAAGCAAAUUGACGAAAAGUUUUAGAACAACAUUUCUCAAUGAGCUAUUGCAAGGAAUUUAGGGAUUUUACCAGCUACGGUCCGUAAAACCAUCAAAAGGUUCAGAGAAUCUAGAGAAAUAACUAAACGUAAGCGGCAAUGCCCGUGACCUUGGAUCCCUCAGGCGGUACUGCAUCAAAAACCGACAUCAGUGUGUAAAGGAUAUCACCACAUGGGCUCGGGAACACAUCAUAAAACCACUGUCAAUAACUACAGUUGGUCGCUACAUCUGUAAGUGCAAGUUAAACUCUACUAUGCAAAGCAAAAUCCAUUUGUCAACAACACCAAGGAACGCUGCUGGCUUGGCUGGGCCCGAGCUCAUCUAAGAUGGACUGAUGCAAAGUGGAAAAGUGUUCUGUGGUCUGACGAGUCCACAUUUCAAAUUAUAUUUGGAAACUGUGGACGUGGUGUCCUCCAGAACAAAGAGGAAAAUAACCAUUUGGAUUGUUAUAGGCGCAAAGUUCAAAAGCCAGCAUGUGUGAUGGUAUGGGGGUGCAUUAAUAAAUGAUAAAUGGGUUGUACUUGUAUAGCGCUUUUCUACCUUCAAGGUACUCAAAGCGCUUUGACACUACUUCCACAUUUACCCAUUCACACACACAUUCACACACUGAUGGAGGGAGCUGCCAUGCAAGGCGCCAACCAGCACCCAUCAGGAGCAAGGGUGAAGUGUCUUGCUCAGGACACAACGGACGUGACGAGGUUGGUUCCAGGUGGGAUUUGAACCAGUGACCCUCGGGUUGCGCACGGCCACUCUCCCACUGCGCCACGCCGUCCCCUUAGUGCACAUUAGUGCACAAGGCAUGGGUAACUUGCACAUCUGUGAAGGCACCAUUAAUGGUCCAUACAGGUUUUGGAGCAACAUAUUUUGUCAUCCCAGCAACGUUAUCUUGGACGCCCCUGUUUAUUUCAGCAAGACAAUGCCAAGCCGCGUGUUACAACAGCAUGGUUUCAUAGUAAAAGAGUGCGGGUACUUUCCUGGCCCGCCUGCAGUCCAUACCUGUCUCCCAUCGAAAAUGUGUGGCGCAUUAUGAAGCGUGAAAUACGUCAGCGAGACCCCGGACUGUUGAACGACUGAAGCUCUACAUAAAACAAGAAUGGGAAAGAAUUCCAGUUUCAAAGCUUUAACAAUUAGUUUCCUCAGUUCCCCAACGUUUACUGAGUGUUGUUGAAAGAAAAGGUGAUGUAACACAGUGGUGAACAUGCCCUUUCCCAACUACUUUGGCACGUGUUGCAGCCAUGAAAUUCUAAAUUAAUUAUUACUUGUAAAAAAAAUAAAAAAAUUAUGAGUUUGAACAUCAAAUAUCUUGUCUUUGUAGUGCAUUCCAUUGCAUAUUGGUUGAAAAGGAUUUGCAAAUCAUUGUAUUCCGUUUAUAUUUACAUCUAACUCAAUUUCCCAACUCAUAUGCAAACGGGGUUUGUAUGGGUUAGUGCGUCUGCCUCACAAUACGAAGUUCCUGCAGUCCUGGGUUCAAAUCCAGGCUCGGGAACUUUCUGUGUGGAGUUUGCAUGUUCUCCCCGUGAAUGCGUGGGUUCCCUCCGGGUACUCCGGCUUCCUCCCACUUCCAAAGACAUGCACCUGGGGAUAGGUUGAUUGGCAACACUAAAUUGGCCCUAGUGUGUGAAUGUGAGUGUGAAUGUUGUCUGUCUAUCUGUGUUGGCCCUGCGAUGAGGUGGCGACUUGUCCAGGGUGUACCCCGCCUUCCGCCCGAUUGUAGCUGAGAUAGGCGCCAGCGCCCCCCGCGACCCCAAAAAGGGAAUAAGCGGUAGAAAAUGGAUGGAUGGAUGGAUAUAUAUAUAUAUAUAUUUACAUACAUAUAUAUACAUAAAUACAUACAUAUAUAUACAUACAUAUGUAUAUAUACAUGCAUACAUGUAUACGUAUAUAUACAUAUAAACAUGUAUAUAUAAAUAUAUAGAUAUACACACAUAUAUAUAUAUAUAAAUAUAUGUACACAUAUAUGUGCACAUAUAUAGUAUAUAUAUGGGUGUGUGUAUGUAUUUGUAUGUAUAUAUACUCAUAUAUAUGAGUACAUAUAUUUAUACUCAUAUAUAUUAAUUUAUAAGAGUAUAUAUAUACUCAUAUAUAAAUAUAUGUGAGUGUAUAUAUAUACAUAUAUAUAAGUAUAUAUGAGUGUGCAUAUAUAUACGAGUAUAUAUAUAUAUAUAUAUAUAUAUAUAUAAAUGAGUAUAUAUGAGUGUAUAUAUAAAUAUAUACAUAUAUAUGUAUAUAUACGAGUAUAUAUAUUUUGGAACAGCACAGACUAUUACGAAAGUCAGUCUAGUCCGCCCUCUAGUGGCAAAAAGUCCCGUGACACCCAGUGUUGCCUGCAUGCAGCAGUUGUGUUGUCAUAGCAACCACACACGUUAUGUCACUCUUGUCUGGUUGUGAUUUGUGUGUCUAGAUGAUGUGUUAAUGAUUGUUUUGAAGGCUGUGUGAGGGCAUCACUGAAGACAAGAUAAAUAUUUAGAAUAAAGGUUUAGACAAUUGAUCAUGAAGAUGAAAAAUUGUUUCGAAUGUUUUCUGAUAUUUUUAUAUUGAUUUAUUUCACAUUGUACUUACUAUUACAACUUUAUUUCCGUAUGUAUUCUUUUUAAUCAAAGUCCCUCUUGUAACAUUAACAUUGUUUUAUAUUACAACGUUUACUACCUGUUUGGCAGCUGUACUUGUGUCAUGUCACCUCAUUGCUGGAAAAAGUCUUGAUAAUCCGUGUGUGUUUGUGUUCGUAUUAUUAUUAAAAUACAAUACGAGAUGAACUCCAAAUAAACUUAAUUUGUUUUGUGUA